CCGGGGGAGGGCCCGAGUGCCCGGAUGUCGAUCAAAAUGAGUGUAAUCCAACCCUGCGCUAGCCAGCCCGGGCUCGGGAAACUGGGGCGCCGGGAGCGAGGGGCUCAGUGACAUUUUAGAGGGGAACCGGGGAGCGGGCAGGAAGGCAGCCGGCAAAUGGAAGAGAAGAAUUUGGCAGGGGGGUAGAGCCUGGACACUUGGGGAAAGAGCUCAUGGAUAGAGGACGCUUGGCAGUAUAAACUUCACGAUGGCUGCCCAGUCGAGCUUGUACAACGAGGACAGAAACUUGCUACGUAUUCGAGAGAAAGAGAGGCGGAAUCAGGAGGCUCUGCAGGAGAAAGACAAGUUCCCUGAGAAGACUCCCCUCUUUGCAGAACCCUACAAGACUAAUAAAGAAGAUGAGUUGUCAAGCCGAAUUCAGAACAUGCUGGGCAAUUAUGAGGAGGUCAAGGAGCUCAUCAGCAACAAAUCCCAUCAGAAUCUCAUAGGGAUUCCAAAAAGUGUUGCUCCUCUGAUCCCACAAGGAAAGCCUGAUCGCCCAUACUUCCCGGAAAAGACCAGCCAUACAUUACCAUCUUCAUUCCACCACGCAACCUACCAUCCACCCAUGGGACCUACGGUUGUACCUCCUCCCCCUCCAAGCCACUCCAUUCACUACCAAAAGGCACAAUCAAGAACAGAACCAGCUUCAGGUUUGCACACCAAGAGUCACAGCUUAUCCAAUGGUCGGAGCCAAGGUCAAGAACACAGUCGUGGUGGUCAGCAAAGUCAUGCAUGUUUUCACCACAAGAGAAAUGACAGGCGUGUGGUUGGUGAAGGUCAUGCUGAUGAACUGCAGGCCUCCCUUUUGGUGCUUUCUCCAUUGCUGUCAUCUUUUUCUUCUCCAGUGGCACCCCUGUCACCUCUACAUUCCAGCCAGCAUAUCAAUUCCAGGUCACAGAACAGCAGCAAAAGUCACGGGCAGACCUACAGUCAAACAAAAUCAUCUCAGGACCUAGUGACAGGAUCACAGGAGAAGGAAAGUCGGGACAGCUCAGCCGUUAACCUGACCAGCACUGCUCAGCCUUCCUCUCAGACUUUUCCCCCACCUUUGCCAUCAAAAACCAGUGCAAUGCAGCAGAAACCAACUGCCUAUGUCAGACCAAUGGAUGGCCAAGAUCAGGCACCAGUUGAAUCACCAGAGCUCAAACCUCUUCUGGAGGAAUACCACGGAGAACCCUAUGAAAAAAUCUCAGAUUUGAAGGCAAAUGCCAAAGCCAAACUAUCCAAAUUGGAAAUCCCUUCUGAGCCCAUAGAGCAAACCUUUCCCAGUGAUGUCCACUCCAUUGAAGAAAUUUUGAGGGAAAUGACCCACUCAUGGCCACCUCCCCUGACAGCUAUUCAUACGCCUAGUACAGCAGAGCCUUCCAAAUUUCCAUUCCCAACAAAGGAAUCGCAGCAUGUUGGAUCUGUAGCACAGAAUCAGAAACAGUAUGACGCACCUUCAGAAACGUUGCCUAGUUCUCAACCAAGAACAUCAAUGCUCCAGGACGACCUGCAGCUCAGUGAUAGUGAAGAGAGUGGUGACGACCAAGUUGUUGAAAAGCCACCUUCUUCACUUGCUCCUCCAAGGUACAGUGCCCUACAGUCCCAGCCCAAGAGUGUGGCAUCAGCACAUUCCAGCAGCCCGGAGUCAGGGAGCACCAGUGACUCAGACAGCUCUUCAGACUCAGAGACGGAGAGCAACUCGAGUGACAGUGAAGCAAACGACCCUCCGAGAGCGUCAGCACCUGAGCCUGACCCACCGACUUCUAAUAAGUGGCAGCUUGACAACUGGCUAACCAAGGUGAACCCACCAGCAGUGCCAACAGAGAGUCUCAGCGAAAUUGCCCAUGGGGAUGGAUGUGAGGAGGGCAAGGAGCAGGGGCAGGCUAUCAGCAGCAAUUCCUCCCACCAGCGUGCCGAGCCGAGGGAGCCUCAUCACAAGAGCUCUGGCCAAGUGGCCAGGGCUCCUCAGGACGCUCAUCUUCUGACCAAACGCAACUGCCAGAAGUCUCCUGUGCGGGCCGAGGAGCCCUCACCCAGGCAGACUGUGGGCAUCAAAGGGCCCAGCAAGGCCCUUGUCCACGAGGGGCCCAAGGGAGGCCUGAAGGUGGAGAGUGACCCUGGUCCUUUUGAGGUCAGAGACCAGUCUUCCAGAGACAAGCCAAAAGUCAAAACGAAAGGGAAGCCAAAAUCCAGUGACAGAAAAGACCUGAACCCGGCACUGCAAGAGCCCCCUGAGAACAGAAAGCACAAGAGCUCCCACCAGGCCAAUGCCAAACCCUUCUUGGACCCCAAGAUCAUGAGAGAUGUUUUGCUUGGCAGUGUCCAGGAGCAUCUCGCUCUCAGUCCCCUUCCUCAAGGCCAGGGCACAACCCCCACCAGGACUAGCAGCCACAGGCCUGCCAUCGUGGCCAGAGAGGAUUUUCACAAGGAGAAACUUCCCUUGCCUAUCAGGGGGAAGAAGUUGCUCUCACCAGUGAGGGACUCCCCUGCCCCUCAGUCCCUCAUGGUGAAAAUAGAUCUCCCUCUCCUGUCAAGAGUCCCCCAGCCCCCUGGGAAAGGCAGUCACCAGAAGAGGGCAGAAGCCAAGGAACCCCCUGGUGCAAGGAAGCAGGACUUGGAGAGGAAAAUGACGGAUACUCUUGACAAGUCCCUUCAAAAGAGGAAGAGGGAAGUGGAGAAGGAGAUUGAUAGGAAGAAAAUGAAAUCAGAAAAAGAAACAAAAUCAUUGCAGUCUUCAGCUAACAAAGACUCCAAUAAAUUGAAAGCAUCAAAAACUUCACUUGAAACCCAGAAGAAAGAUCUCCUGCUACCCCCGCCACUGCCACCCAUGUCUCCAGUACAUCCUCCACCAAAGUCAACUAAGAUGGCCCAAAAGAGACCCAAAAGUGAGAGCAGCGAGCUGCCUGCCAUGGAUAACACUGCCAGGAACAAGAGCAACCACAAGGAUCCUUUGUUCUCCAAGCACAAGAAAGUGGAGAGAAAUCACGCUGAGCUCUCAAAGGGCAUCAAAGGAUCUGCAGGGGAUGUCACAAAUCCUUUCCCAGUGCCUUCUUUGCCAAAUGGUACCUCCAAGCCAAGGAGACCUCAACUCAAGUUUGAAAAGCAGCAUCCGAUGGAAUACUACAUAGAAGAGGCCAAGAGGCUGAAGCACAAGGCUGAUGCAAUGACCGACAAGACUGGAAAGGCCUUUCAGUACCUAGAUGCUGCCCUUUCCUUCAUUGAGUAUGGGAUUGCCUUGGAAUCGGAUGCACCAGCACCAAAAUCGGCUUACAGCAUAUUCAGUGACACCAUAGAUCUCAUCAAAUUCAUCAUGACAUUGAAAUCCUUUACAGACUCCUCAGCAUCUUCACAAGAAAAAAUCUUUGCCGUGUUAUGCAUGCGCUGCCAGUCCAUUCUGCACAUGGCAACGUUUCGUUACAAAAAAGACACUGCAAUAAAGUAUUCCAGGAUCCUGAAUGACCACUUCAAGAGUUCUUCCAGAGUAACACAAGCACCUUCUCCAUGUGUUGCAAGAAGCACAGGCAUGCCUUCUCCUCUUUCUCCAAUGCCCUCUCCUGCCGGUUCUGUGAGUUCUCAGCCAGGAUCGAAUGCUAGCAACUGCAGUGGCAACAGCAUUGGCUCUUCAGUCACUGUCCCUUAUAAUAUCCCAAGCAUCACCUCUUCCUACGUCAACAUUACUUCCUAUAUCCUCUAUGCGUAUGAUAUUUGGGAACGGGCUGAUGCACUGGUCAGGAAGAAUAAGGAGUUUUUUGCUGAACUCAGCACAGUGACGUGCGCUCUGGCACUGAACAGUAGCAUGACCGAACUGGUACACUACACUAGACAGGGUUUACAGUGGCUGAGACUGGAAACAAAUACGCCUUAACUGGUGCUCAAGGUGGUUAAGUACCUUGAACUUUUUUGCACUUUUGAAGCCUCAGAAACAGUCUAACUUGUUGAAUCAUUGGAUACAAAGCACCUGCAAGGGAAAAUAAACAAGGUGGAAGGGAUCUGGUUACACUGGAAAAACUUUGAACUGCGUUUUUAGGGUAGUGCUUUGCUGCCUUGAAAAAGAAGAGAUGGAGGAAAGCCUUAGCAUUGAUGGCACCUUCCUUUAAAACGAUGAAGUGCAAUGAAUUGUCUGAAUGGCCUAACGUAUUGAUGGUCUAUAAACAUUUCUAUUACGAAUAACCAGCAGGACAAUAAUCACACAUGAAGAAGUGCCGACAAGAAGGAAAUCUGCCUCCAGAGGUUAUUAUGCAACAUCCCACAGUCUACAACAGUUGUGUGCCCAGAAGACAUGUCAGAGAAAUGUUUUUCCAAGCAUGGAUGCAAUCUUUGGUGUCUUUGUUACUCAGAUGGCAAGUAGCAACAACCUCAUCAGCACCGAAAAGCAUUAUGUUACAAUAAAAACAGCAAAGUGGUCUGCCUUGCCUGCUUUCCAACCUCACCCUCUUGCAUUUGUCAGCCAGCUGCUGUCCUGAGAAUCGGGGGAAGCCGCUGCCUUCAGUGCUGCAAGUUCACUUUUUAAGUCAUCGCUGCUUUGGUCCUCCUCCUUGCCAUGCACUCACGCACACAGAAGCCCUUAGCACUCGAACUAUGUUACUUAGGGUCUUGCUUGGUUUAAGCCUUGUAAGCCAAAACCAGUUGGGGUGGCAAAAUGACCAGGUGUGGUUGCAAACAGCUCUGCCUUUCUUCUGUGGUAGAGGGAUGUCACUCACACUGAGGACUCCUUGACUGGUUGCUUUUUGUCAUUCCGAUGGGUGGGGGUGGACAGCUGUACUGGGUCACUCUGAUUGCUUGGACAUGGUUCUGAGUCUGAGAGCUUACAUGGGGAAGAAUCACUUCUGUUUAAGGAGGGACUAAGUGGCUGAAUGUGGAACAUAAGACAAAUUUUGCAUUUGGGUAUUUGCCUGCAACCGUUGCUGGUCUCAGUGAAUAUCUAAGAGCAGGAUUUGGUACCAAAGUAGGGCAUCCUUCAUGUGGGAGAUAACUUGUGCUUUUUCUCAGCCAAACUACAGGAUGGGCCCAGCAACUUAGAAAUCUGUCAAGAGAACACAAAAGGGAUAAUUAACUGUUUGCAAGCAUUUUUUCCUUGUCAGGAGCUGCAUUUUUGAAAUUGCAAUUUUGCAGGUGACAGUAACAGUGAAGGCAGCAUCCAUGGCAUUAGUGUAUUCAGUAGGAUGACGGUCUUCUCUACCCAAAGAUUUCCUGUUGUGUGACAGCAGCGUCCUGCCGUCCUCGUAUCUAAUAGUGUGCCUUAGCCCUCUGGUUGCCUCUCGCAUCCCUCGCCCUAUCUCUGACAGACCUGUGGGAAUGGCGAAGAGAAGGAUGGUAUCCCAAAAUAAUUGUGCUUACAGGAAAGAAUUAGCUCCCUUUUCCACAUAAUUUCAGGAUGGAGGAACAGGUCUGCAUGCGUGUAGCAGUACCCCCUUUGUAAAAUACCUUCUUGUGGUUUUGAGACUUCUGAAAAUGGAGAGUAAAUAAAUAUCAGCAAAAGGUCUGCAUUUCCAGAAGUAGUUUCUGUAGAAAUGGCCCCUGCCACGAGGAAGCCUGGAGUCCUCUUGCCUCUGGGAGGAGCUGGCAGGAGUGUGCUGUGGCCCUGCCCUCGUCCCGAGCACAAGGGAGCUCUCCUCUUGUCUCCCCUGGCAGCGCAGGACUGCCAGGAUCGUGGCAGGGUCUUCCCGCACCUUCAAGACACUGUCCUUUUAUGUUCACUUUAUCAAAAGCCUUAGUGCAUUUCAGGGAUAAGUUGUCCUAACCAAUGGAAGGAAGGUCCAUGUGUGUGUCCCCCCCCCUCCCCGUUUUACCUAUCAAACUUCACUUGUACUCCUCCUCCCUGGAGGAACAACUGCUCUGAGUAAGCCAGGGACAGAGAGAGGCUCAGUGUUAACUGUUUUGUUCUCAGGAAGCACAGUGAUGGCCAGCCGGCCUGAAGGCUUGACGUGCACUUUGGAGCUUGAUUCCAUACUAGUGGGUCAAUGCCUUCUUCUGACUUUGUCUUCAAAGCUAUUUUUAGGAUCACCAGCUGAGGAGGAGGAAGGCAGGCAGAAAGCUUUAUUGAACCUGAAAACCGCUGUGGGAGUCUGUAAGAAUGAUAGCAAAGUGUUAGGGGGAAGCAUAAGGUGAAGCAGGGACAUGGGUACCCCUGGUACUUCAUUUCGCAUACACCCAUCUCCCUCCCUGCUGCCAGGCCAGGUUCCUGUCAGAGAGCCGCUUGCUCGUGGCUUGCCAGCCCCAGGGCGACUGCCUGCCACAACCUGUGAGGCAGGGUGUGCGGCUGCCCCGCUCCUGCAUCCAGCUUGGUGCAGCCCGUGGGUGCACCAGGUCCUGUCCUCGCCUGUUCUUUGGGCGCUCUACUGUCCAGAGAGUGAUAAUCUGUUGUCCUGCUCCUAGGAAAGCUCAUGCAAGGGUGCCGGGCGAGCAAAGUUGGUAAGAAGACACCCAGCGAAGGCAGAUGAACUACUGGCAUUUGCUUCUUUACAGUUGGGAAAAGGCAGCAUGUGCUCUGCUACCGUACAAAGGCAGUUGUGCAAGAACUGCUCCCGCUCCCCCAGGCUUUGGAGGAAAUGAGAUCACAGGCAGUUUGUGUUACAGGCAUGUGGGGCGCUAUUCGGGGGCUCUCAUUUCAAAAGCCAUCAGUGGAAGCCUCAGUACCAAGCUAGAUAGCAGGAAGCUAUGUUUGGUUUCAGGUCAUGGAGAAGACUGUUUAAAUAAUAGGAAAUUUUUGAAAAGCCAUCGUAUUUCAACCUUGAGCCAGGUCAGAGGCCUGCAAAAGGUUAGGAAGGAUGCUCAUCAUUUUGACUUGGGCCUGUUCAGGCCUUUAAAAAAAACCAAAAAACCAAACAAACAAACAAAAAAACCCAAACCAAAACAUAACAGUGGAGGAAAUAGCAUUUGCCAUUAGGAAACAAAACCAUGAAUCCAAGGAAAAACAGAGGUGGUGGUUGAGUCCCAGGAGGAGAGGAGGCAGCUAUGGUGGCAAAGUAGAAUCAUUUCCAUGCAAUAUUUAUUUAGAAGAAAUAAUACAUGUGUUGAAAUUCUCAAAUGUUCUAUUUUUAAGAUGCCAUUUAUUUAAUAGUUGAAAACCCCACUUACAUGGAGAUAGAGAUCUCUUCUGUAACUGAAAGUCAAAGUCUGACUGCAACGUCAUUGUUUUUGGUUUUGUCCUCUCCCCUCCCUCUUGGUUCCCAUUAUAAAUCUGUACAUCUUAAACUUAUUUUGGGGAUGUAUGUCCCUUUUGUAAAUAACUUUUUCUGCCCUGUGUGUGAUGGAGUUUCCGAGAUGGUUGAUUCAUUCAUAUGGGGAAAUAAACAAUAAAUGAAGUAGCCUAUUUGUUAUGAGUUGUUGCAAGAGUCCUCAUGUUCUCAGCUUCUUGUAGAGAAAUUGUAAUUUGCCUUUUCUCUCUGAAUGGUCUUAGUGUUUCCCUUCUGAAUGAGGUUUAAGCAUGAAUUUCUGUACAAGAAGUCUCUGUUUCAAUUGCUCCCCUGUUUAUUGCCCCUUGCCCUUUCCUUUAGGAACAAGAAUGGGUGCAAAUCUAGAUGCUCAGAGUGGCAGGAGGGUCAUGACUCAAGAAAUCUGCCUCCUAUCCUCCCGAAACAGAUUCAGGGAAGACUGUGCUGGGGUCAGCCGCUGACAGCCAGCAAAGUCUGUCUCUGAGCGCUUGCUGACAGGAAAAUCCCAUGGGUUGGUUGCAUGCAGUUGAACAAGUUAAAUAAGAAAACAAGGAGACAAGGCACAAAGAUAGUAGUUGAAGCGUACUGCUCCAUGUUUGCCACAAAGGUGUUGCAGGGCUCGGUGCUGGGAGGAGGGUCUGCUCAGGUCUAGUUCAUGGAUACAUUUCUAAAGUGCUGCAAGGAGGAAUUCCCUUGGGUAAUGCUGCAGGAUUUCAUGCCCCGUGGUAGCUCUGCUUCUCACUGGUUGUGCAAGGUGAUCUCUUUGCAGUGGCCUUACACUUCUUGUUUGGGGCUUUUCCCACUUUUUGUUUUAUGUCAGGCAAUGUAACUGUUCCUUGGAAGAAUGAUUUUUGCAUCUCUCUAUGCACUAUUGUGAUAUAAUUCAUGUGUAUAAUUCAGGUCCUUUCUGCAACAGGCAUUGCACCUAAGAUGUUUGCUAAUAAUGGAUGUGGUUUUCUAAUGUAGUAUGUAAAUUGUAGACGAUACUGAAACCUGUUUUAAUACCCGCUAGAUAUGUUGCUGUUACAGAUGUUGUACAUAGGAAUGUACACUUUUUGGGGGUCAAUGCACUUUUUCACUGCAUGCUUAAAAUCCCAAUGGCAAAAUUGGUAUUGAAGUAAGAAUAAAAGGAAAAAAUAUCUAGUUAGUCAAAAAAAAAGAAAUGUGAAACAUCCCCAGAUGAGCAUCUGGUGGGAUUUUUAGCUACAGACUAGGCAGGAGGAGCUUGGUGGUGCGUUUGCUCAGGCGCGGUGGGACUGGGACUCAGUUCAUUGCCAUCAAUUAGUCUUUCAAGUGGCACGAAACCAGGUUGGCCCCAGGCUGGUUGCAAGAUGCAUGGAGGGUAAGAAAAGAGCAUAGGAAGAUAGCUUGUGGUUGUGGCCAUACAUACGUGGAUUAAGCGUCUGUGAAUUUUGUUCUGGUUUCAGUGGGGUGCGAGGCGUAGUUGGACACGAGCUGUCCUGUCUGCUGGUCAGGGUGUAGCUGCUUUUCCUGGGUUACUCGGAUCCUCUGUCCCUCCAUUUCCUUCCCCCUCACACCCCAAAAGGCAUGUUUCCCAGACUCCUUGCUUGGGGCAAAAGCAAGGAGGAUUAGUUUUGGAGGUGGAGUGGAGAUGGGGAGUGGAAGGAGGGAUGCAGAGGAAGGAAGUGCAACAUGCCAGCAGGGGAGGUCAUCCAAAAGCCAGGGAGGGAGAAGGGGGAGCAGGAGGCCAUAGGGCUGCAGCAGGCGUUGACCACCCCGCUCAGAUUUCUGCCUGGGGCAGCGGCCCACCCUGGGCUAAAACUGCCAAAAAUAUUUUGGGGUUGUUUUGCAAUAAUAUUUUGUUGUUGUUUAUUUAUUUAUUGAGCCUUUAUUGACCAAACCUAAUUUUGCAACCACAUUUAAUUUAUUUUGAGAUUUGUUAUACAUUAUAGAUUAGCUUGCUUUCUCUCUUUGGCUUGGCUUACCCUUUUCAAAGACAAAUGUUAUGUUUGGCAAAACAGCUGCAUUAAAGUUGAUUACAGUUUCUCAGCCCUAUGCUGCUCUCCAAACACUAAAAUAGCCCGUUGGCAGCCUGUGCUUGCUUUAUAUUAAUUGCACUUUUAGUAACCCCUGUCUCUACCUGAAACCAACAGUGUUCCUGGGCCACCAUCAGCAUUUCUGAUUGUGUUUCUUUAAAAUUUGUGUUCCUGAAAUGAGGAGUUGUGCAUGUUGCAAUGACAGCGUGCGAUCACUGCUGGUUUGCGAUGUGUUUUGUCAAGCUACAGGGUUCCUGAAAUUCCUGCUGCGUUUUUCUCCUCUCCUACUCAGUAUUGCUGAGUUUAAGGUUUUCUUUGGGUCCAGUGUUUCAUAUCAUAGCAAAAUGGCAAUGUUGUCCACUUCUGUUGAGCCAGCAAAACUGCAUUCCAACCAAUAGCUUUUUUCUGUUCGCUUUUAAUAUUUGAAGGCAUGUACCAGCCCGUAUGUGGUCUGUGGCAGCUGAAAGGUAUUUCUGAAAGUUGCUCCAACUUGUGCAACUGUUUGCUUGUUACACAUGAGGUGCAGCAGGCUCUGAACUUGCUCAUGAACUCUCCUUGCUGUUCAGAGAAGAGCUAGUUAAGAUUCGGUGUCAGGCUUUUGCUUUGUCUUGUUUUUCCAGAGGUCCCUGGGAAGUGGGGUUGAGCAAGAUGCAAUCUGGAAAGGAGGGCAGGAGCUGUAGGUUUCAUGGGUGGUAUUUUCUUUGUGACAUGAAUGCGUACGGUAGUGCUGUGGGUGCCAGUAGGGCUCGUGUCAUCAGGUCUCCAGGCAGCACGUGAAUUGUGGUGCACUGGUCAAACGGCUGCCUGUCUGUUCAGCUGCCAGCCGCUCUGUCCUUGCAUUUCUAGGUUAUUUCUGUGGGAUUUCUAUUUCAACUGUUAUCAUACAGGGUUGGGUUUGUCUCUUUUUUUUCACCCUGCUUUACUCAUCAUUUUCGAGCGUAAAUAAAAUCCGCAAUUCUCAGUGAAAACGUCCUUAAAAAUUGUCAGGUUUCUUGAACACAGAACAUUGGUCUUAAAUCUGUUAAAUGGUCCUCGUCCUGUGGGGAGUGACACGCUAGUCCUCCCCUCUCACAGCAGCUCUUCAUGUGCUGGGACACAGGAGUGGCCUGGGCAUGGGAGAGGUGCAAAGUGUUAGAGCCCCAUGGAGAAAUGAGGAUGCCAAACCUCUUGCAAAAUGGAGUCUCCAGUGGGAAAAGAUGUGCAAAUAAGUGAGAGGAGGAGACUGAUGUGUUUGACUUCAGCACUGAAUCCGCACUCUAAGGCUUCUGUGAAUUAGAAGUAGCUGCCUUUUAUAGUCCUUGAAAAAGACAAAAAUCAGAUCUGUGAUACAGCUUAAAAAAAAAAAGUAAAAAAAGAAAAAAAACCUCUCCAAAGAAAUUGUGCCACAGAUCUUUUGUUUGUUUGUCUUCUCUACUGAGGAAGAAUUGCUGCACGUGUGUGUGUAUAUAUAUAUAAAAUUAAAAUAUGAAUUUUGA